AUGGCCAGCAAAAUCAAGGUUGCCGUUGCAGGCGCUACUGGGAACACAGGCUCCUCAAUUGUAAAUGCGCUGUUGAAGACUCUUGAGCUGUUCGAAGUUACAGCUCUAUCGAGACCCAAUUCGGUGGGAAAGCCUGAGCUCAUUGACUUCGCAAAGAGAGGCGUGACUGUGAAGGCAGUUGAGCUGGAUGGGUCAAUCGAGGCAAUUUCUGGAGUCGUCGCCAACGUGGACGUCGUAAUUUCGUGCUUGACCUUAUUCUCGUUCCAGGAGGAGAUGAAUCUUAUUGAAGCAUCGAGCAAGGCCAAUGUUGGUCGAUACAUCCCAAGCUUCUGGGGCCCUGCCUGUGCACCCCGAGGCGUUAUGAUGCUCAGAGAUAAGAAGCAGGAGUUCUUGGACCGAAUCUGGGAUCUUCAUCUACCUUACACAGUUGUUGACGUCGGCUGGUGGUACCAGCUAACCUUGCCUGCUUUGCCCUCAGGCAGAUUUCGCCCGAUGGUAGAAGAGUAUUCCACUACGCACAUCAUUGGGGACGGCAACACCCCUUGGGCACUUACCAACAAUCGUGACAUUGGCAAUUUUGUCAGCCGAAUUAUCGCCGACCAGAGGACAUUGAACAAGAUGGUAUUUGCAUACGGGGAGGUCAUGACACAGAAUGAGGCCUUUGACAUUCUCGAGAAGGUGUCUGGAGAGACUGUAACCCGAGAAGUUAUAACCAAAGAAGAGUUGCAAGGCAUCAUCUCUCAGGGCCGCACAGGCAAGGACAUAACAGUCAAUCCCAAGGUUUGUAUGGCAGAGUAUCGGAACCUACUUGGUAUUCGAGGCGAGAAUACUCCUGAAUAUGCACGUUAUCUUGGGUAUCUCAAUGCGAGAGAAUUGUAUCCGGAUGUGAAGUUCACAAGCUUCGAAAAAUAUGUCAGAGGCAUCGUGCCAACAGCAUGA